CGAAAAGGCAGUAGGCGGGAUUCAAAAGACCGGAAGGAAGAUUACAAAAAAACAAAAAAAAAAAAACAAAACAGAAGUGCUUGCGCCACAGAAGAAGUUAAAGUGUUCGUGUUUUGAAGAAUCUGCCAACCUAACAGAAAAGAGCUGACAUGUAAUCUCCAGUAUGAGAGGUGACAACACCAAGACCAAAACUGUUGUAUACAUGAAGAGGAAAUCCUGAGAGUCUUUGUUCAUGUUCAGUCAUUUUUCCUUUGCAGUUUUGAAGACGGUCUCAUGGAACAAACAAAGAACUUAAUUAAGGAGGAGCAUUGUGAGUGGGAGAUAAUGCAUUCUGCAAAGAAUCCUUUGUAUAUAAACCUGGAGCAUUUUGAAAUGGGAACAGUUCAGAUUAAACAGGAACAGUCUGAGAAAGAGUCGGUUAGGAUGAAACUUGAGAGUCGUGAAGACAUAUUUAUCAAUCUUAACAUGCCAAACCCCAAAAUGAUGAACUUCUUUGAGCAAGACAAGUCUUUAGAUCAUGACUUCAGUUUAAGCACAUACCCAGCAUUCAAAAAAGAGAUGCCUUGUCAUCCUCAGAAUCAUUUUAUGCGUACUGAACCCAGUUUGCUGAACCUCAAAGACAAAACUACUGAGGAGAUCAUUCACAGAGGAGAGAAGUGUGAAUUUCAGGCAAUUGCAAAAAAGCCUGACAAAUAUCCACCAGAGCAUGUCAGUUACUCCACAUCUUCAUUCGAUCAGACAUCUCUUCAGAGUGAAAUUCAGUGGGAACAGCUUGAUGAAGAUAAGAAUAAACUGAUGGCUGCUUUUCACAUUGCAAAGCAUAAAUCAGACUCUAAACAGCAGAGACUUCAAAUUGAAGAAAAGCGGCAUAGCUGCAGUGAAUGUGGAAAACGCUUUUCAUUCAAAUGCGAUCUUCAAAAACACAGACGGGUUCAUACGGGAGAGAAGCCUUACUGCUGUACUGAAUGUGGCAAACGAUUCUCACUGAGCAGUGUCCUUAGUAGACAUAGAAGAAUACACACUGGAGAGAAGCCAUAUAACUGUAAUGAAUGUGGAAAACAAUUUGGAUACAAAGGUCAUUUCCAGAAACACAAUAGAAGAUUUCACACUGGAGAAAUUUAUAUCCGAGAAAAGCCAUAUGGCUGUAAUGAAUGUGGCAAAAAAUUUUCAGUAAUUGCCCAUCUUAAUAUACAUGCAAGAAUUCAUACUGGGGAGAAACCGCAUUGCUGUACUGAGUGUGGUAAACGAUUCUCACAAGUGUGUCAUCUUCAGGUACACUUAAGAAAUCACUCUGGUGAGAAGCCCUAUUGCUGUACUGAAUGUGGCAAACAAUUCUCACAGUCAUGGCAUCUUCAAGCACACACACGGAUUCACACUGGAGAAAAGCCUUAUUGUUGUUCUGAAUGUGGCAAGCAGUUUUCUUCCAAAAGCCAUCUUCAUUGGCACAUGAGAGUUCACUCUGGAGAAAGACCAUAUAGCUGUUUUGAAUGUGGUAAGCGAUUUUCUACAGUCAGUGGUCUUAAAAGGCAUACAAGAAUUCAUACUGGUGAGAAGCCGUUUUCUUGUUCUCAGUGUGGUAAACUCUUCUCACAAAAAAGUGGUCUUGAUAGACAUACAAGGAUUCAUACUGGUGAGAAGCCACAUUCCUGUUCUCAGUGUGGUAAACUCUUCUCACAAAAACGUAGUCUUAUUAGACACACAAGAAUUCACACCAGAGUCAAGCCUUAGACCUAUUCUGAAUGUGAAGAGCUGUUCCCAGCCAAAGGCCAUCUUCAUGAACAUUCAAAAUUGCACACUUGACAGCCCUGCCAAUCUGUUUACGUUUUGCGUAUGCAUUUUAGUGUUAAAUUAUGUCAGAAUGACUUAUCGUUCACACUUUUCAAUUCAGCAGUUUAACUGCAUCAGAGUUUCAGUCUCAUGAAAGGUUUUUCUACCCCUUUUUCGACUUCCUUUACUAUUCCAGAAGUUGUAACUCUGAAGGUUUCAAGUCAUCAGUCAAAAUGUAAUAUUAGAUUAGGAAGUGAACAAUAACACGUGUAUAGCAUAUGUUAUUUAAUAAAUGAAGAAGGAUAUCGGAUAAGAACUGGCUCUGUAUGUGCGUAAUUGCUUCCUUACAAUUUGUUAUGGCUUGUAUCACCUUUAACUGCAAUUAUUGCAACAAGACACUUUCUGCCUUUCAAUAAAAGAAUUUGGCAUCA